GCGGCUGGAGUCUGCCCGGCCCUCGCGCCCGCCGCGACCGGCCCGGCUGCGGGCAUGGCGGCCAGCCUCUGGAUGGGCGACUUGGAGCCCUACAUGGAUGAGAACUUCAUCUCCAGAGCCUUUGCCACCAUGGGGGAGACCGUGAUGAGCGUCAAAAUUAUCCGAAACCGCCUCACUGGGAUCCCAGCUGGUUACUGCUUUGUAGAAUUUGCAGAUUUGGCCACAGCCGAGAAGUGUUUGCAUAAAAUUAAUGGGAAACCCCUUCCAGGAGCCACACCUGCAAAACGCUUUAAACUGAACUAUGCCACUUAUGGAAAACAGCCAGAUAACAGCCCUGAGUACUCCCUCUUUGUGGGGGACCUGACCCCAGAUGUGGAUGAUGGCAUGCUGUAUGAAUUCUUCGUCAAAGUCUACCCCUCCUGUCGGGGAGGCAAGGUGGUUUUGGACCAGACAGGCGUGUCUAAGGGCUAUGGCUUUGUGAAAUUCACAGAUGAACUGGAACAGAAGCGAGCCCUGACAGAGUGCCAGGGAGCAGUGGGAUUGGGGUCUAAACCAGUGCGACUGAGCGUGGCAAUCCCUAAAGCGAGUCGUGUGAAGCCUAUGGAAUAUAAUCAAAUGUACAGUUACAGCUACAACCAGUAUUACCAACAGUAUCAGAACUAUUAUGCCCAGUGGGGCUAUGACCAGAACACAGGCAGCUACAGCUACAGCUACCCUCAAUAUGGCUAUACGCAGAGCACCAUGCAGACAUACGAAGAAGUCGGAGAUGACGCAUUAGAAGACCCCACACCUCAACUGGACGUGACAGAAGCCAACAAGGAGUUCAUGGAGCAGAGUGAGGAGCUGUAUGAUGCAUUGAUGGACUGUCACUGGCAACCCCUGGACACAGUGUCUUCAGAGAUCCCAGCCAUGAUGUAGUCAAGAUAAAGGCUAAUACAUAAUGGACUAUGCAAGAAAUGAGAUUCCUUUAAAAAAUUCAAGACCAGACCUUUUUGAAAUAUUUUAUACUAUUAUGACAACUGUUUUU